UUUAAAAAAACCGGAAACAUAAUUAAAUCUUCAUUCUCCCAUUCUCUUUCACUAUUUAAAUCAUGAUUCACACCUCAUUCAUCCACAACUUCAUUCUUCAAUCUUCAUAUUCUACUUCUUUUCUACCGUCUACUCUAGUUGUUCAACAAUCAGUCGACGUUACUAGAUUUUUUUUUUCAAGUUUUCACUCUCUUCUUGAAUCUAUUUUAAUCUAACUUAAAAUAAGUAUUAUAACAAUUAACUAGACAUUAUAUACAUAAUGUAUCUUUGACGUAUCCGUAUCUUAGUUUUUUAGAAAUUAACAUAUUGUCGUAUCGUAUCGUAUCCGUAUCAUGUAUCUGUGUCUGUGCUUCUUAGCAUACAAAUCAUGCCCAUAUGGUCGGUCUAUAAUAAAAGGUAUUAUUUUUUCUUUAAAAAAAGUAUUUAAAUAUUAUUAUCUAUAAAAAUUCAUUUUUCCAACUCAAAAUUUCAUUUUUUUUUUAAAAAAAUCAACAUUUUAGAUAAGCAAACACAAAAAUAGUUAGAAAAAGUACCUUUUUGGUACGGAGUGAGUUUUGAGGAAUAAAUGCAUUUAGUCUCUCAAAUUGGCCAAUUUAGUCCAUAAGUUUUUAGUAGCAAGAUGAGUUAUCCUGUAUAUAUAUAUAUAUUUUUUUCCUAAGAAUAGAUUUCCUCUCUCUUCUCACGUACAUAUUCUAAGUUGGGUGAGGCACGUGGUUUUAGAUUUUGGUUCCUCUAAGCUAAGUUGAAGGAUCACAAUCCUUCCAAUUCGCCUAUUCCUAAGAACUCCCUAAGAAUGCCUUAGAAUUUUACACCAUGAAAAAUGAUGAUAUCUACGUAAAAAACUACUUACUUUUCUAUUUGGAGCUUUGAUUUUCAGAGGAAACAUGGACGGAAUAUUUGGAGUGAUCGAUAGCAGAUUCAAAGUGUCAAUAGUAGAUUCAACCAUGAUGUGGAUCGUGCAUCGUGCGAUGGAUAAAGCUCAUGAAAGAGUCAAGUCCAGAGAAGGCGUUAUAGAGAGAUUACAUGAGAUAUCAAAAUUCUAUGAGUUGUCUGUAAUGCAAUUGGAUGGCUGUAUCAAGUUUGUUCAAGAAGAAACUGACACUCAAAAUCCCGAAAGCAGCCAUGAAGAAGUGCUUGCAGGCUUGGCUGAAAUAAGAAACCGCCUUCAACGACGCCUUUAUGAAUCGGAGCUGGCCAUCCUACAGAAAGAUAGAGAGUUGGCAGAUCGAUUCGAAAGCGAGGUGAAGUUAAGGCAGGCUUUGGAAACUACAGAAAGGGAGUUAGUUUCUUCACAGGAAGAUCUUGAGCUUGAAAGAUCAAGGAGUGCCGGAAGUUCCAAUCUUAGUCCUCAUGAAGGAGAGGAUGAUGAGGAUAGAGAUGGAGAAUUUGGUGAACUAAAAGACUCGGUGGAUCGACAGGUUUGGAAGAUCAAAGAAAAACUUGAGUUUGAUGAUAAUGAGCCUAAGGUGAAGAGACAACGGAAUCAUUGUAUCAAUGAUGUAAGAGUUGAAGAGAUGGGAUCUGAUAUUGACAUUUUGAAGGAAACUCUUGAUAUUGCGUUUGGGAAAAUGCAGAGUGCCAUUUUCAUUUCCGAGAUGGGACCAAUAGAGCAGCAAGUAAAAUCAAGUAUUGAGAAUGACAUUAUAUCGAUCUGUCUUAAGGGAUUUUCGAGGGAUUGCCAAGAGGAUCUAGAGGCAGAAGCCACAAGGAAAGAGAAGAAAGUUUCAGUUGCCUUGAAUGGACAUUGGUCAGAUUUAAUGAAUGAAGUUACAGGCUUGUGUGAGGAUCUCAAGCCUCUCAUUGGCCAAAAUGAAAUGCAGCCCCAAAAAGGAGAAGGAUGCAACAUUUUGGAUUUUGGGUCAAGAUCCCCAAAAAGAGAGGAGAAGAGUUCCCAGGUACAUCUAGAUGGUAGUCUUUCAGAAUAUGGGAUAAACACCAAUGAGCUAGAAGAUGAGAGAGGGCAUGAGUCAAUUAUUAAGAAAAGGAGUGAAGAAGCAGAUCUGGUUCAAUUGAAGCCAGAAAUGCUUCAAGAGAAAACUUCAUUGUCAUCAAGGAGAGAGGAAAGUCUUGAAAGGUUGAAAAGUAGGUUCCAAGAAGUACUAGAGAAUCUAAUGAUUUUCAAGGCUAAGGUUAACAAAAUUUUAGGCCAAAAUGGUAAUUUCAAUGAAGAAGACAUUCCUCUAGAGAAAAAGGAGCAAGUAUUUACAGAAAAUCAUAGACAGAAGUCAGAUGUUGAUAGUUUGGCAGACGUCUGGGGGAAGAUGCAUCAACUGCAGGAUGAAGAAAACAUCGGAAUACAAAACCAAAUUUGCAUACUAAGACAAGAAAGAGAGGACGUAGAAUUUCAAAACAUAAUGAUGGAGGAAAUUUACAUCACUUUAUUCCAAGGGUUGAGAGAAAAGUUUUGUAAUGAUUUAAAUCGCUUGGAAACGGAGAUCCUGAUUGCAGAUGGUAUAUGCAGAGAUAUCAUUAGGAAUAAGUUCAAUCAGUUGGAUAAAACCAUGGAAAGUUUCAAAAUUGAAGUCCAAAUUAAAGAUGAUGUAUAUCAUGUUGUCUUCAAGGAGGCAAUGAAAGAUUAUGACUUCGAAUUAGACAGAUUGGAGGAAUGCAAAAUAAGGCACGAAAUUUAUGCAAUCCCCUUUACAGUAAUGCUAAAGGAAUGGCAUAAAAACAUAGAAGAACACAAAACUGAAAGCCUUCUUAGAGAAGAGAUAUCUGGGUUAGUCUUUAGUGAGACAAUCAAAAGCAUCAGUUACAAAGCCAACCAUAGUCCACAUACCAAAUUCUUCAACGAUUUUCUUAAAAGUUGUCAAAUUACGAUUAAAGAAGAUGUCUGCUCAGUUUUCUUGAGGGAAAAAGUUAUGGAAUGGGAGGAGAAGAUAGAGGCAUCUAACUUGGAAACUUUAAUUAGGGAAGAAAUUUGUUACACUAUUCUUAAUGAGGCAGAGAGAGAAGUCUGUAACAGAUGUAAACAAGUCGAUGUUGCGAUUCAGGACGGUGGCGCUGCAGAAAAGCCAUCAUCUAGGGAAAGACUUGGUGAAGGCACAGAGAUCGGCAUGGGAAGUUUGAUUCAGAAACUAAGUUUACUUUCAGAAGGCAUUGAAGUAGUGAAAAAUUUGGUGCUCAAUGCAAGUUUUGAGAUAAAGAAUAAUAAUUGUAAUCUGAAGCCAAUGGCCCUGGGAUGUGGGAUUGAUGAAAGUAAAGCUACCACCAUAGACGCAAAAGACAUUCAAUGCAUUCUCAAUUCGUUGAGUAUUAAGCUAGAGAAAACUAUGAAUCAGUUCAAUGACAAGUUAUUUGUGGGAGCAUUGAAACCAAGCUCAGAAACUAUAGUUAGUGAACCAAGAAACGUAUGUCAAAUUUCUCCUGUUGAUGAAAAUGUACCAGAUAGGAAGCUCUCGUUAUUGGAACUUCAUGAUAUGCAGCAGCUAAACAAGUCAGAUUCUACGUGCCUAAAACUUCCGGAGCUUCCACAUAUACCAUAUGAUUUUGAGCUGAUUGUAAAUAGAAAAUUGGAAUCAAUAAUGCUAAGGUACCACAAGAGCAACCCCAGUAAGAAAAAAUUGGAUAUAAAAAUUUGUUACUUAAAGGAAAUAAAUGUAAAUCAUUUUACUGUUGAUAGAUUGGAAGAAAUGAAGCAUAGUUUGGAUCCAGUUCCUCGAGUCAUGGCUUCUCUGCGAGAAAAUGAAUCACUUUAUAAGAAGGCUUUCAUCAGAAGAUGCCAAAAUCUCAGAAAAGCUGAAAACGAGGUUCUGUUCUCAAUUUCCCACUCCUUCAGCUUGAAGAUAAUCUUCAGUCAUUUGAUUGGUUUUCCCAUAUUUUCUAUUUGAUAUCCAUUAGGUGGAUCUUCUGGGGGAUCAAGUGGAUAUCCUUGUUAGCUUGAUUGAGAAGAUAUACUCGAUUCUAAAUCAACAAUCACCAGUUUUGCAGCAAUAUUUUGAUGUAAUAUCUCCGCUACACUAUUUCCCCUCUCUCUUUAUUCUCAUGUUUUUGUACCAAUCUCAAACCAAAUAACUUCGCUUUAAUUUUGAUCUUUCCCAGGUCUCAGAAAUUCUCAGGUUGAUCAAGCAGGAGUUAGCAGUAAUUGUUUGUACACCACCUGAAAAAUUAGAUACAAAGCUCUAAAGUGUAACCCUAAUUUUCUCUGUCCCAUAGAAUCUGUAUAGACAGCAACAUCGAAACUGCGAACUAACAAUUAACAAACCUAUUAUUCCAUAAACAUGAACAAUUCAGCAUAUAUAUAUAUAUAUAUAUAUAUAAAUCGAAUAACGAUUAAGAAUUCUAAAAAUGAUUGACAAAUUACUAACGAACAAUUCACUUAAACCUACAUGGAAUUAAGACUAUGAAAAAAGAAACAAUA